CGGUAUCGCCCCAGUGUCCCUCGGUAUCCCCCGCAUCCCUCCGGCAUCCCCCCAGCACCUCUCCGGCAUCUUCCUGCAUCCCUCUGGCAUCGCCCUGGCAUCUCCCCGGUAUUCCCUCUCCCGGGAGAGAGACCAACACUCCCAUGUCCCUUAGAAAGCCGGGACGAGGGACGUUCUCCCGGUGCCCCCGCAACCGGUGGGGUUUAAGGGCACUGAGUUCCCUUCCCCUCGAGUUUCUCGCAUGGACGCUGCAGCCGGGGCUCGUUUCCCUUGCCCGCGGGCUCCCCAGCUGCGUGGGGGCCCGGGGUGGACAUCACUGACCGGGAGAACUUUCCUAAAAGCUGGGCUCGGGAUUGGGUUUUCCCGGGUGUGAGGAGUUCUCUGCUCAUUCCCAGCGCCCACGGCAGCUUUGUGGAGCCUCCUCCACAGCGCCGGGCUGUUUUCCUUCGGGAAAACUCCCUUUCCCUGCGCCUUGUUCAGCGCUCUCCGUCUGUGCCUGCUGAGGUGGGGGUUUGGGAUACUGUGCUGGGAGCACUGCUGCUCCACUCCUUCCUUAGGAUCAUCCUUCCCUACCUCCCACUCCUCCAUCCCGACCUGUGAGCACUGGAGGACGAAGGUGUCGCCGUUAGCACCCAGAGUUCCAGGGCUGGAGUCAGAGGCAGGGAAAGCUGCGGAUCCAUCCACACUGAACCGGGCAAAGCCUGGUAGGACACAGCUAUGCUGCCGCUCCCCUGGGGACAGCGAAUGUCCUGCCCCUCUGGAAAAGGGAAGGCACCACAGCAGUGGCACCUGUGCCAGACUUUCGGAGCCUCUGGAAUUGUGUUUCCAUGUACAGCAACCGGCAUUAAAGAAAAAUCCGAAUUCCCUGAUUAAACUGAAGGAAGGAACUCCCAGCUGUCCCUGAGCAAUGCUGGAGCACGGGAUGGAGCUCAGCUCCGGGGUACCCAGAGCCCCGGGGGGGGUCCCUGGCGGCCUGGAAGGAUCAGGUGGUUUUAUGGGGUGUACGAAGCCUUUGGCUCGCCCCCACCCCAAACGCGUGUGCCUUCCUGCUUGUGGGCAUCCCACCCGGCACACAGCAGAUUCCUGGCAGCUUUGGGCCCCUCCUGUGGGCAGGUGCGGGGUUUUUGUGCCGCCUCCUUCUUAGGGUGGGAUCGUGCCGAGGGUCUUUAGAAGUUCCUCCGGUUAGGUUCGGCUGUCAGCGUGUGUGCCUUGCAGCAGCGGGGUGACAGUGUGACAGUGACAUGGGCCAUGGAAUGGGGGCAUAGGGAGGUAAUCGAUACCUCGUGAAGAGGAGAGCUGGAGCGUGCCAGGAGCAGGGAGCAGCCCCCGGGAACGGCAGGCAUGCAGCCUCCCUGAGUGAGUCCCUCCCCAUCUGUGUCCCCUGGGCGCUGUUCUGCACGUCCUCCCCUGCCAGGGGACAAUUGUGUCACCUUCCUCGGCGGCUGUGCCCGAGCUACCGGGUCCUGCUGCCCGCCAGCCCCUGCGCUGGGGACGAGGACACCUGUCCUGCUGUCCCUGCCCAGCUGGCAGGUGACAUCCCAGGUGAUGGAUCUAGUGCGGGAGAGGCGAGGGAGGAGCCAAGAGCAGCAGCAGCGUCAUUGCUUGGGCUCCUGUGGGGGGGACGAGGGAGGCAGCUGUGUCCCCAAGGUGGGGGUCACAUCUCUUCUGGCCAGGGUGUGAAGCAGGGGAGGCCGAAGGUGGGUUUCAUCGCCGAGCUGCCAAGCUCCCAUCCUGGCAGGGUGUGAGUGGGCCCCACUCAGGAGCAUCCCCGGGACGAGCUGCGAUGCAUCCAUGGGAUACAGAGUCAGGUCGGGAGAGUUGAGGGCUGGGAACAACCAAAGGGUAAAUCCCACACGGGCAGCUGCAAAAGGAAAAAAACAAACCUUGAUUCUAAGCAAGUUAGGGGCUUUUUUUUUGAGCAGUUUGGAAACCUUCAGGAUCUGGUGACCCCAGGUCCCAGACCUCCCGAGCAGGGAUGGUUUUGGGUGCAGCCGUGUGUGCAUCAGGGCUGUGUGAAUCAGCAGCGGGGGCUGGAAAUCCAGCCCAGCUGGGGCUUGUGCUAUCCUCUGCUGCUGCUGCCCAGCGUAAACUUUGCCAUAAUCCAGAGCAGAGCUCUGCCUGCAGCACGUGGAGCAAAGAUGGAUCGGCGCUGGAGCCGCUCGGCAGCGGCACAAACCGGGCAGCACGUGGGCGCGCACUCGGUGCCAUCCCCAGGUGCCCAGGCUGACUCCUCGGCAGCGCUGACCGUACGAUUCAUCACCAGGAGAUUCAUUGGAGACUAUGACCCAACCCUAGAAAUGAUCUACAGGCACGUGGCUGUCAUCGAUGGGGAGAUGGUGCACUUCGAGAUCCUCGACACAGCCGGACAGGAGGAGGACUCGCUGCAGAUCGAGGAGAAGAUCAAGUGGGGCGAUGGCUUUGCCGUGGUGUACUCGGUGACCGACCGCUGCAGCUUUGACGAGGUGAUGCGGCUCUGCUUCCUCAUCAACCACCUGCACGCCAGCCCCAAGCGCAGCGGCGCCGCUGAGCAGCCCCCCGUCGUCAUCGUGGGCAACAAGAAGGACCUGCAGUUCGACAGGAUGGUGUCCACUGAGGAUGGGGAGAAUCUCUCCAAAGCCCUCAAGAUUCCCUUCUAUGAGAUCUCCACCCGGGACAGCUACGAGGAGCCGGUGGCGGUGUUCAGCAGCCUCUACCAGGAGCUGCUCAGGCAGGGGCACUUCUCCCCGGGCUCCUUCAAGAGGAGGACAGUGUCCAAGCUCAUGGAGAAGAUUCCCAAGAUGCAAGCCAGCUCCACCCUGAACUCCACGGGCCGGAGCCUCAGCUUUAACUCCUUCAGGGACUACAUUCCCGAGUGAGCGGCCUGGCUCCAGCCUGCCAUGGGGGCGGCUGCUGGGGCUGUGCCGCCUCUCUGCAGGGGAAGGUCAGGAGCGGAGAGGGUGGCACUGGGGUACAAAAGACUGUGGGUUCUUCUUACAAGGGGCUUUGUGCCAGCAGGGAAGGUUUUCUUCAUCCAUCUGAUCCCUUUGUUCCCUCCUCCCCCUCUGGUGUGGCCCUGAUGGCUCCAGUGGUGCUGGGACAGCCCUUGGAGGGAGGCUCAGCUGUGUUUUGGUGGGGCUCAGACCCAGCACAGACACAUCUGGGGGGGGUUCCCCCCUCUACUGAGCUGGCUGGGUGUGUCUGUACCCCAAAUCCAGCACCCACCCUGCUGGGUGACCCCAAGGGCCUUGCUGGCUCCUGGGCCAGCACCAGCCAUUCCCUGGGAAUGGAGCCUGCUUCCUCAGCAUGGCUGGUGAGUAAAGCUCCUCAAACCCUUCCAGCCCAUCCAGGCUGUGCUCAUAGCAUGGACACAACGGAGCUGAUUCCAGAAGCUGUUUGCAGGUACCCCUCUGUCUGCUCAUCAGCUGCCCUGUUCCCAGAGGGAAAAUCACCAUGGGCUCAGGACUUGUCCUUUUGCACAGGGAUGGGGCAGGAAAGGUGUGGGAAGGAGCCAGGCUCGUGGCUCAUAUUCCUUCCCUCCCUCUGGGUGUUGGGGGCUGUGUGGGUGGCUGUGCUGGGACCCUGUGGUGUGACUCCCCUGUCCCCCCUGUUGUGACCGACCCCACUGUCUGCUGUCGUGUCCUGUGACAAUAAAAGCCAAGUUCCCAACCGC